AUGGCAGACUCGAAGAAACGAAAAGCCGUCACACGAGACGUCGAGGAAGACGCUGCCGUCGUCUCAGGUGACGAAUUCGACUUUGCACAUCUAGACGGUACCCUUGCAGACGACGACGAUUCUGCUAGUGGCUCCGAAGAAGAAGAUGCGAGUACCGGCGCAGAAGAUGACAGUGACGUCGUAUCCAUCGGAAGUGAGGAGGUACCUUCAGAUGACGACGGGGAGCUGCUAAAACCAAAGAGAAAGGGAGAAGCGCAAGAGGAAGAGGUCGAAGUCGGGAAUGCGGACGUCACAAGCGAACGGAACGAAGAGCCCAACUACAGGAUCGUCAAGGACGCCAAUGGAAACGACAGAUACAUUUAUCCUGAGAUAGACCCGGGCGAUGAUUCAGACUACUCGGUCCCAGAGAAUGAAGCCAAUACUAUCGGCAACAUCCCCCUCUCAUUCUACGACUCAUAUCCUCACAUCGGCUACAACAUCAAUGGCAAGAAAAUCAUGCGGCCUGCAAAAGGAGAAGCUUUGGAUGCACUACUUGACACCAUCGAAGUCCCCAAGGGAUGGACCGGCCUCACAGACCCCGCUACGGGCAAGCCUCUCGAACUCAGUCAAGAAGAAUUGGAGCUGUUGAAGAAGGUGCAGAUGAAUGAGGUCGCCGCCGAGGGCUACGAUCCCUAUGAGCCCACUGUAGAGUGGUUCACCAGCAAGACGGAAAUCAUGCCAUUGAGUUCCGCGCCAGAGCCCAAGAGACGCUUCGUGCCUUCCAAGCACGAGCAGAAACGAGUCAUGAAAAUCGUCCGAGCCAUUCGAGAAGGUCGCAUUUUGCCUUACAAGCCCCCGACGGAAGAAGAGGAGCAAGACGAAUGGAUGCAGAACUACGACAUAUGGGCUGACGAACAACCCAGAUCUGAUCAUGCUAUGCACAUGCCCGCUCCCAAGCUUCCACCCCCUGGUUUUGACGAGUCUUACCACCCGCCGCCAGAGUACCUGCCAGACAAGAAAGAAAAAGAGGCGUGGGAGAAAAUGGACGAGGAAGACCGAGAGAAAGAUUACCUGCCCACAGACCACGCUGCACUACGUAAAGUGCCAGGCUACGAUCGAUUCGUUAAGGAGAAGUUCGAGCGGUGUCUCGACCUCUACCUUGCCCCUCGAGUCCGACGGACGAAGCUCAACAUCGAUCCAGAAUCGCUGCUGCCGAAGCUGCCCAAUCCCGACGAGCUCCGACCAUUCCCUACGCAUGAAGCCGGACGUUUUCAUGGCCACAAAGGUCGUGUGCGGUCCCUGGCCAUUGAUCCAUCCGGACUAUUUCUGGCUACUGGUGGUGAUGAUGGGCAUGCAAAGGUUUGGACGCUGCAGCCUCCUCGAGAGAUCUGGUCUGCUCAGUUGGCAUCGGAUGCUGCGGUCAAUGUGGUCCGAUGGCGUCCUGGCUCCGAUGCUCCCAUUCUAGCAGCUUGUGCCGAAGACGACAUAUACCUUUGCGUUCCUCGGCUCAGCGCGGACGGAGGACCUGAAGCGGAAGCAGCUCAGGCUGUCCUCGAUGCUGGUUGGGGGUAUGCCGCUUCAGAGAAUUCCACUCCGAAACCCUCUUCCGUCAGGUGGACUCGGCCAUCCUCUUCUCAAAGAGAUCAAGGUGUUGCCGUGGUCAUCCACCUUGGCCAUACCGCAAAGACGUUGUCUUUCCACUCUGGUGGGAAUCACUUUGUUACAAUUUGUCCGGCUACCACAGUUCCGGCAUCCCAAGCCAUUGCUAUCCACACGAUCACCAAGCAUCAAACGCAACUACCCUUCCGCAAGCGGCUGAAGGGUGGCGGCACUCCUCAAGUUGCACACUUUCACCCGACCAAGCCGAUCCUGUUUGUGGCAAACCAACGAGUGAUCCGAACAUACGAUCUAACCAGACAGUCCUUGCUGAAAAUCGUCCAACCUGGUGCACGCUGGAUCAGCAGCUUCGACAUCCACCCGACAAGUUCUUCCACCGCUGGCUCAGAUAACCUUAUAGUCGGCUCGUACGACCGCCGCUUGCUGUGGAUGGAUCUUGAUCUCUCCCCUCGCCCGUACAAGACUCUCCGCUUCCACGAGAAAGCGAUUCGGUCAGUUCGCUUCCACCCGGCCACAAACCGAUAUCCUUUGUUCGCAGAUGGUAGCGAUGAUGGCAGUAUCCAGAUCUUUCACGGUCAGGUUACGAGCGAUAUGAUGAGUAAUGCACAGAUUGUACCACUCAAAGUACUGCGAGGACAUAAGAUCACGGGAGGGUUAGGAGUAAUGGAUCUGGAUUGGCAUCCUCAGCAUCCUUGGCUAGUAAGUGCUGGGGGCGAUGGGACAUGUAGACUGUGGGUUGCUUGA